GGGAGGUUGAGGAGGAAGUUGAAGCAGAAGAUAGUGAGCUUGAUCAAGAAGAAGAAAACAAGGAAGAGAAAAAGAGAGAUAUAGAUAUUAGACGGGAAUAUGCUAUUGCGAAAAAAGAGAACAGGAGAUCAAUUAUAGUGAGUAAAUUUAUUUUAGAAGAAUGUGAUCAGUUGAAACUAAGUAAACAAGAGAUGAUAAUGCAUCUGGAUGUUCCCGUAGAUGCACGUUGCUAUUUAAUGCCUGGUAAAAACCAAGAAGGUUUUUGGACAGUCGAUAAUUUACUUGAACAAAUUAGGGACAAAGUGAUUCUCAUAUUUGAAACAAAAUUUUCAAAUGCAACAGCUAUCUUUGCCUUUGACAAUAGUACAAACUAUGCAGCAUAUGCUGAAGAUGCUCUUAUCACCACACGAAUAAAUCUAAAACCUAGAGGGAAUCAACCAAAGAUGUAA